UGUGCAAUUACUAUUAUAGGGUCGGUAGAUAAUAAAAUUAUAGCGAUUAGACAGUAUUAUUGUACAUACACUCCACUCUCACACUCUCAGACUCACACACAUACACUCACUCUCACACACACACAUACACUCACACUCACACACAAACUCACUCUCACACUCAGACUCACACACACAGACUCACUCUAACACUCAGACUCACACAUACACUCGCUCUCACACUUUCAGACUCGCACACACUCAGACAGACUCACACGCUCAGACUCGCACACACUCGCGGCGUUGCUCCGUGUUCGGUGGGGGGGGGGAUGUCACGAGUGGGCGUGUUUACCUUCCCCCCACCCUCCCCGAUAUCUUCAAACAAUCGCGGAGAUUCUUAUUCCCGUCGAAAAGCUACGAGACAAGUGGUCAUUGACCACAUUCCGACUGCGACGCGUUACAACCUGUCGCCCGACGACGACCUGCCGGAGAAGGAGGAGAGCAGCCUGUUCUGCUGGGGCGUUUUUUGUGGGAAGGGGUCACGUCGGUCGGCGGCGGACAAAGCCCUCCUCAAGGCGCAGAGGAAGCUCGCCAAGACCCAGGUGAGGGCGCGCCAGGUCCUGGAGGAGCUGUGGCGGGACGCCGCCGCGGUCGAUGCCGCCAAGGAGCGGAAGGAGGAGGAGAAGGAGAGCGUGGAAGAAGGAGAUGUCCAGAAGGCGCUCGGCAGAUGGAGGCGCACGAUGGACUUGUCUGGCAAGGGUAGGAGACCAGGAACAACCGCCCGGCGAGAGAUAGACCGGGAUGCGCUGAUCGAGCUCGUGGAUGAGGCGAUGAGCUUCCACCCCGUCCACACUGCGGACGCGCUGCUCUUCGAGGGAAGCAGCAACAGUGUGCACACGAGCCACGCCAGCAUCAGCAUCGACAUGUACGUCGGCUGUGGUAGCAGCUUCUGCAAAAACAACAGCAGCAGCGGCAGCAGCAGUGGCGCCAGCAGCGGGGGCAGCAGUGGCUACCUGCCACAGUCUGAGUCCGAGAUGUUAACAGACUCCACGCACAUCGAUACGGAUGAUGAUGGCCUCCUCAAGGAUGACCCUUGUGCCCCUCCACCUCUCGAAAUGGAACUCGUGAACCCGGACACCACGGUCGUGGAUGCAAGUGGUGUGCUGUACACUGACCGGGGCACUUCCAGCAAGCCACGGCUAGCUGAUUGGAAGUUUGGCCAUGAAUCGCCCCGGGAGGGAGAUGCUUCCCCAUUGUAUGAGAAUCAACAGCCACCGGGGUUCGUGCAGCAGAAGGACGGCCACAGAUUUAUCAACGUUGCGCCUUGCGCCAACCAACCGUGGUAAACAGGCACGAGCGUCCGCCCCACCCCGACCCCGCCGCCUGCGAGAUGGGAGAUUGAGUGUGCUGCUGGUUCGGCACCUCCUGUGAACACGGUUCUUCCGCUGAGGAACUCUGGGAGAUCGCUCCUCAUCCUCCUCUGUGGACUAUUCUCAACAUGGACCCUCAUGAGAGGAAAACCUCUCCAAUCCGGACGGAUGUUUGGGAUAGCCCCUCUUUUGAUAGUGCAUGUAAUACUAACUUGUAGGCUUUCGCGACCAAUAUCCAUAAUAUAGUUUUUUUUUGGGUUAGAUCACGUAAAUAUAAAUCUGUCGUUAAACCCGCCACCACCCGACAAAGCCAAUUGGUUUAUCAUGUAAACAGAACAUGCGAAUUUGUUACUAGUACAGCACACCAGUGUGUUGGAGAGCAAAUCCACAACAUUUACAAUCUGAGUACGACGUUUCACCAGUUAUUACAACUAGCUUCAUCAUCAUGAAGCUACGACCUGUUUUGUUGAUGACGUCACUUGUGAGUGCUUCUUGUACGAAGGGUGGUGGGGAUUAAUGAAUGCAUAUACAUUUUAAUGGGUAUCCAUUGCCAGCUGCGUUAUAUAUAUAUAUAUGGUAAUUAUCAACAUACAUUGUGUGCACAUUAUGCAUGCACAUUGUUCUUGAACUGCCUGUAGUUUGCGAGCAAUCAAUGAGUACGUGUUAUUGUCUGUGUACAGGUAAUCCCCAUUUAUGUAUGGUGACCUCUAGACAUGCAUUUAAACAAUGUAUUAUUUGAUGAUUCGCUUCUUAGCAGCACUAAGCCUGUAGCUAUCGGAAUGUUUACAAUUAUUUUUCUCAAUUUCGAUGGAUUAUUUAAUUAGUCUUGGCAGGUAGUAACUAGUUUUGCACAGACCUUUGAAAUGAUCAGAAUCACUUGAGUGUCAUUGUUGGCAUGCGUAUUCUGCCACUGCUGACAGUUGUAUUUGGGAGUAUUUGAUAUUAUUUUGUGUUCUUUUGGUCGUGCUGAUGAUUCGUCAUGUCUGCCCAAUAUAGCAUUUGGCACAAGUGCAAUUAAUCCGUUGCAAACCUGUUGAAUGCUUCGUUAAUAAAUCUUCAGUACUAGAUAUUAGUUUAUGUAUUUUAUGUACCAUGCCAAAUCUGACUAGGAUGUUUUUUUUUUUCCCAAAAAUAUCUACUACUACUAAAAUACCGAACAUCAACUAGCCAGAUAUUUGGAAAAACAAAAUAUCCGAAUCAGAGUUGGCACAGUACACAAAAUACAAAAACUAAUAUCUGGUACUAAAGAUGUAUUAACGAAUUUUGAUUUGAAGCUUUCGUGACUGCAGGAAUCCAUUUACUCUUUGGUUCUUUCGGUAAAGUCACGUAGUUAGAAAUCAAAUUAAAUAAAUCAUGAAGUUUCGGGCGCCACACAAGCGUCCGUCAUCAGGUGGGACAACCACAGCAAGAAAACAUUUGCUGAAGUGGGCGAGAGAGCUGCCGUGGCAAGA